AUUGGCACAGAUGAAAGAAGCUAACGACUGAAACAGAGAUGGAUACCCAUCCCUUGACUUUGAAUGUAUUAAUUAGGAUGAAAAAAAUAAGGCUGCUUUAGAUAGUGUGUUGAUUUAUGGACACCAAGAGGAAAGCCAUUCUGUGGGGUUUUAACCGUGGCUGUUUAACCUCUGUUUGUUUACAUCGUACCGCAGGGCUAGCUAGCUAACAGGCUAACGUUAGUGACUAAGUAACAGCUAGCUAUGGUCGUAAUUACGGAAUCACAAUGCGAGUAUUUUAUGUAUUUCCCUGCCGUACCCAUUUCGGACCUCUCUGACCCGGCUAAGUACAGGACUCUUCCCCGGCGAAGCCACCUCUACCUCGGGGAGACGGUGCAGUUCCUGUUGGUCCUGCGGUCGCGGAGCGGAACGGUGAAGGCUGACAGCCCCGGUGCUGUGGCUUGGAGGGAGCUGGUGGGCUCUCUGUCCGCGGUGGCGAGUGUGUGCCUGGCCGAGAGCCGGCAGCAGCGACCCUCCCAGCACCAGCAGGACCUCCACAGCAGCUGCAGCGACGACGGCGCUGAGGAGGAUCCCGCGGAGGGGGACUUUGAGGCGUCAGACGCCUCUGCGGGAGUACGGGACGGCAGCCGCACUUUCAGGCACUGCAAGCCGCUCCUCAUACACAGCAGCUCGGCCAGUGAUGGUCGCCAGUAUCGGAGGGCACCGGUGCAGUCUCCCCUGCAGUCGGCGCUGGUGUUGGAUGAUGAAGUUAUCUUCCCUCUGACUGUCUCUCUGGACAAGCUGCCGGUCAACACACUCAAAGCCAAGAUCAUAGUGACAGUAUGGAAGCAGGAAGAGGAGAAGGUGGAAGUGAGGGAGCAUGGCUACUUGACGGUCCUACAGCUCAGGAGCCCAACACACACCUUCAGACAGGACCUCAACACCUUCAAGGCACAGGUCAGCACCACUCUGAAUGUUCUUCCUCCACCAAGCGUCCAGUGUCAGCAGAUGACCGUCGCUGGAAAACACCUCACAAUCCUCAAAGUGUUGAACUCCAGCUCUCAGGAGGAGGUUUGUGUUAGAGAUGUGAAAAUCCUUCCCAACUACAACUCCUCCUACCUUCCCAUGAUGCCCGAUGGUUCAGUUCUCAUAGUCGAUAAUGUCUGCCAUCAAUCAGCUGAGGUCGCCAUGGCUUCGUUCUACCGGGUAGACAGUGAGUCAUCGCGCUUACCCAGCAUGCUCAGCGCCCUGGAGGAGCAAAACUUCCUGUUCCAGCUGCAGCUACGAGACCAGGCUGAGGAGGACUCGAGUGAGGGUCUGGAAGUCCCGCUGAUCGCAGUGUUACAAUGGUCCACUCCAAAACUCCCCUUCACCAGGUAUAUCUCCACCCAUUACUCGCUACCCAGCGUCCGCUUGGACCGUCCCCGGCUGGUGAUGACAGCGUCCUGUCCCAGCGCUGUCAGGCCUCAGGAGCACUUCCGGGUCAAAUACACCCUGCUCAACAAUCUGCAGGACUUCCUGGCCGUCCGCCUUGUCUGGACACCAGAGGGUUCAGGUCGUGCAGGCAGUCUGGAGGACCCCAGUGCCGGGGCAGUGGUGUGCCAGUCUCCCCUCAACAACCUGGGACAGUGCAAGAGGGGCAGCACCCUCUCCUUUACCGUCACCUUCCAGAUCCUCAGGACUGGACUCUUUGAGUUGAGCCAGCACAUGAAGCUGAAGCUCCAGUUCACAGCGUGCGUGUCGAACCCCUCCGUGGAGGCUCGCUCGCUGUCGCUGUCCAGGAGGAACUCCCCGUCGUCCAGCCCCGCGGUCAGAGAGCUGCUGGACCGACAGAGCCUCGGCCGAUCCCAGAGCUUCUCCCAUCAGCAGCCCUCCAGGUCACACCUCAUGAGGACAGGCAGUGUGAUGGAGCGGCGGGCCAUCACGCCACCCGUAGGUUCUCCGGUGGGGCGACCCCUCUACCUUCCACCAGACCGGCCCCUACUGUCCCUGGACAAGAUAGCCAAGAGGGAGUGCAAGGUGUUAGUGCUGCAGCAAAUCAAAGAGGAGCUCAGCAGAUGAUCUAGCCCGGAGGGAGAGGAGGGUUUUAUGACUGGAGCGAGGUGGAGACGCCGGAGAGGAACAGAAAUCCACCCUCCUCAACAUCGUCUUAUUCCUCUGUCCCAUCUCUCAGAGCCUCCUCCUGUCCCUGAAGGGAGAGGAGGAGGCGCGGGACACGGAACACGCGCUGACUGGACGCACGGAUGGAGGGAGAGGAGGCGGAAGAGCCAAAGGGGACAAAGGCUGGUGAGAGAGAUGAUGUUGAUGUUGAGGGUGGAGAGAACAGUGAUGGAGGGAUGCUGAAAGGCAGCGAUGAUGCCGGAGAAAGAAAUUGUCCUUGAGGAAGUUUGCUAGCUGAGCCAGAACAUUUUCUGAGCUUCGGAACAAGGACACACACACACACACACACACACACACACACACACACAAGCCAUGCUGUCGUUUCACUGGAUGAGCUACCUGCUCCUUUCAAAACCAGCGUCACUGCAUUCACAUCUUUAUCUAAUUUUGUUAUUUCAUUGAGUUGAUGUCAUGUCAUUUCACUCAAGGUUGUGUUUCCGUUUCAUUCAGAUUUUGAUGUCAUUUAUUUAAGGUUUUGUUUCAUUCCAAGGUUAUGUUUCACUUAAUUAGUUUUCAUUUCUACUUAUUUCAUGUCAUUCCUCUUCUGUUUUACCUCUGUCUCAUGCACUGGUGUUAUCGUUGGUAUGCACAGUAGUUUCCGUAAUUUAAAAAGAUUCUUAGGGUUUUUGGUAAUGUGUCACUGAUGGAGAUUAACACGGCAGCUCUUGUUUACUGGCAGGACGUUAUCAAAAAAACCCAGAUUACCUGUCCAUGUCUGGCUGAGAACACAGCAAAAGCUUAGAAUGAUUCUUAUUUAAAUUAUUUCCCUUUUGAAAUAAGAUGGCACUGAUGCUCAGUUCCAUUCAAAGUUGGAAUUUCGAGAAAAACGGGGAAGAAAGUUGGACGCCAAAAGAUUUUCCCAAUACUUAAUGUUAACGUCGGCAACACUGGGCAUCAUUAGCUACCUAGUUUACGUAGAAUGUUAGCAAGUAAGCAUGAAUUCAUAGGAGUUUUGAUAGAUUUCCGAUCAUUUCAUUCUGCAGCUGAAGCCUAAGUGUAUUAUAAAGUUGCAAACGUAUAAAAAAAAAAUAACGCUUUGCUGCCAUGCGGAUAGAUGACUGCAUCUUGGACGAGUCUGGAUUCAGAAAUCGGUGUAGAAUUUCAACUAGAACAGCCAUCCUGGUAGGCACAAAGUCAGAAUUUGUGAUUUGUUGACGUUUGUGGCCCCAGAAGAAAACUGGUUGCAGUGGUUUGCACUAACAUUGACAUUCACUGGAUGAAAAAAAAAAAAAAAAAAAGCCUCAUUGUCAAAACAGAAGAAC